CCUUUCUACUCGCCUCCUUAUCUCUUUCUUACUGUCAGGGCAGGAAGGAGCCGCGACAGCUCUUCGACAGCAGCUCUCCCCGCGAGAGGGGGUAAAUGACCGCGCCUAGAAGAAAGAUCCACCGUAAGGAAGUUCUUCCGUCAGGCGGAUGCUGAGAUUGCUGGGCGGCGGCGGACUUGCCCACUUUCCGAGCAGCCGAACUCUCGCUUUAGGACAGAGGGAGCGACUGGGAAGUGUGUGUGAGGGGGGGAGGGAUUAACGGCAUUUAGCAUUUCCGUGGAGGGUGGUUACUUCGGAGGGCGGUGGGAGUGUAGUUUGCGAGGGACACUCGGGGACCGCGUUUGUUGCAGGAGGAGGAGGCGGUGGCAGAAGUAGUGGUGAGGGAAAGAGGGAGAGGGGUGUUUGUGCAGAGCAGCUUGGCUCGCCUAGAUAGCACUGCUGCUGCCGCGGCUGCUAUGGUGGAUGAUUUCAUGUUGCUUGGUGCAUAAUUUAGAGGAAAGGAGGAGUUGGAAGCGGCGACUAUUAGAGGCAGGGAACGGGGGAUCUGUGCUGCCAGGGCCCCCCCUCUCUUUGCCUGUGUGUGGUAUUGAGGCAGCUCCCUGCGCUAGCCCUGCAGUGCCCGAGUGGGGGCUCCCGGACAGAGAGUGUUUGUGUCCCCCGGGGCUGGUGCUGUGGUGGGGUGUGUGUGUGCACGCGUUUUUAGGGUGGGGGUUGUGUCUGAAUCAGUUAGGAAGAAUGACUUUGGAGUCCAUCAUGGCGUGCUGCCUGAGCGAGGAAGCCAAGGAAGCCCGGCGGAUCAACGACGAGAUCGAGCGGCAGCUGCGCCGGGACAAACGGGACGCCCGUCGGGAACUGAAGCUGCUGCUGCUGGGCACAGGAGAGAGUGGCAAAAGCACAUUUAUCAAACAGAUGAGAAUCAUUCAUGGAUCAGGUUAUUCUGAUGAAGACAAAAGGGGCUUUACAAAAUUGGUGUACCAGAAUAUAUUUACAGCAAUGCAGGCCAUGAUCAGAGCCAUGGAUACCCUCAAAAUCCCAUACAAGUAUGAACAUAAUAAGGCUCAUGCACAGUUAGUUCGAGAAGUUGAUGUAGAGAAGGUGUCAACUUUUGAGACCCCCUAUGUAGAUGCAAUAAGAAGUUUAUGGAAUGACCCUGGAAUCCAGGAAUGUUAUGAUAGACGACGAGAAUAUCAGUUAUCGGAUUCAACUAAGUAUUACCUUAAUGAUUUGGACCGCAUAGCAGAUUCAGCCUAUCUGCCAACUCAGCAAGAUGUGCUUAGAGUUCGAGUCCCAACAACAGGGAUUAUUGAAUAUCCAUUUGACUUACAAAGCGUCAUUUUCAGAAUGGUGGAUGUAGGAGGACAACGAUCGGAAAGAAGAAAAUGGAUACAUUGCUUUGAAAAUGUCACAUCUAUCAUGUUCCUAGUAGCUCUUAGUGAAUAUGAUCAAGUGCUUGUGGAGUCAGACAAUGAGAAUCGAAUGGAAGAAAGCAAAGCACUCUUUAGGACAAUUAUCACAUAUCCAUGGUUCCAGAAUUCUUCAGUCAUUCUGUUCUUGAAUAAAAAAGAUCUCUUAGAGGAGAAAAUUAUGUACUCCCAUUUAGUUGAUUAUUUCCCAGAGUAUGAUGGACCACAACGGGAUGCACAAGCAGCACGAGAGUUCAUCUUGAAAAUGUUUGUAGACCUGAAUCCAGACAGUGACAAAAUUAUCUACUCCCACUUCACAUGUGCUACAGACACAGAGAAUAUACGCUUCGUCUUUGCUGCUGUCAAGGACACAAUCCUACAGUUAAAUCUGAAGGAGUACAACCUGGUCUAACUGUGCUUAGGAGGCCCUCCAAGACCAUCUCUGGGUGAUUGAAGAUACACAAGAGGGACUGUAUUAUCUGUGAAAACAAAUUGCAUAAUACUAAUUUAUUGCCAGCCUGGACUCUGUUGAAUGUCCACAGAGUUUUUAUUUAAUAUUAUGAUUUUAUUUAAACUGUAUGGAGGAAAAACAAAAGAUGUAUUCACAGUACAUUUCCUUAUUUUUUAGGCAAAACCUUGUGACUCAAUGUGUUUUAAAUUCUCAGUCGUACACUCACAACGGAUAACAGUUUUUUGCUACUGAAGCAAAAUCAAACUGGUUUCCUCUUUCCCUGACCCUUUCUCUCUCCCUCCUUCCUCCCCUCCUUAUGUUUUUAAAGGUACAGUGGCCAUUUUCCCAGUUGCAUUCCUUGGUAAAAUAUUUUCUGAGCGAUUUGGUCAGGAAAAAUGCUAUCAUCAGAACUGAAGUUAUCAGUCAUUCAAAUUUUACAGAAUGUACUUUCUCUGAAGGAUCAAAAGUAUUGAUAGUGUGAGUUUUAAAUUCUUUACAUGAGUGUUUUCAUUCUGUCUUUACUUUUGAGGCUAGAAUAUUGGGAUUGCAAUAUAGUAUAUAUUUAGAGUUUAACCAUACUUUCACAGUUCAGAUAGAUGCAUAGUAGGCAGUAAUGAAAUAAUUAAAGACACAAACCUGGGAUGUUCAUGGAAUAUCACAGAAUCUCUUUUUAAUUGCCAUGUGCCAUUAUUUUCUCUUUUCUUUAUUCACAAAUGCCAAACAGAAAUGUCAUGGACACUACAUUUUCCCCAGUGGCUACAGCCUGAAACAGCCUGGAAGCUUUUUUUAUCCAGUUUCAUGCAUUUUUUCUUAAGUUAGAGCUUUUUUAAAGUGUGCUUUUCCACAGUAGAAAAAAUAUUUUUGCUAUGUAAAAUCUUGCCAAAUCUGGCUUUUUAUAAAACCAGUACUUUUGAAACAUAAGAUACAGAUUGAAAUACCAGAUUGGGAACUGACCUGACUGAGCCAACUGCCAAAUGAUAAACCACCAUAAUUUCAGCUCAUAUGUUCCCUUUGUUAGAAAAUGUUCAAAUUUUUAAUGCCAAAACCAACAAUGUGAGUGAAUAUGCUACUAGGUAUACAUGUAUAGAAGACAGUUUAACUGUCUCCUUAUGUCAGAGAUGGCAUGACAUUGCAUACAAUGUUUUCUAUAAUAAUAUCAAAGCACCUUUGUACAGCAUGAAAUUAUUGAUGAAUGAUCACAUUCAGGAACCUUUCUUGAUAAGGUUGCCUCUUAACUGAUUCACAGACAUUUGAUAGGCUUCAUACAAAAUAGCCUCUCUUGAUGUUCUUUAGAAAGAUUUAUUAAUGUAAAUAAAACAAUGAGAAAAUCACUCUUGACAUUUAAACAUGCAAAUUUUUAAUAACAAAAAUGUAGCACACAUUGAUGAGCAGCUUAGGUUGAAAGGUGUUUUUUUGACUAGGUGCAUGAUUGCUAGCAAGCUACAGAGAGCUCAGAGGUCAAAUGUAAUUGGAUUGAUUAUCUACAAUGCCAAGUAGCACUAGACUGCACUUAGCACAGAAAUUGUGCCUCAGCAGCAGAGGAGAGGUGGGAAAAGAAUGACUUAUUAGUUGACUAACAAAGUUAACAAUAAAUACUAAUGAGAUGGUUUUAUCCUUAACCCUCCCAACUCCAAAACAACAAUAAUAAGAACAGUUGCUAUUUUUUGUUCCCUCAUAAAACACCUUAUAAUUGAAAACUGACUGUAGGUAUAGUGCAAUUAUGAAUGCUAUAAUCAUUGUACAUACAUGUCUAUAUAUAUAUGGCAGCACCCACACUGGCUUUGCAAUCAUUAAUUUUUGGCAAAUUGAAUGUGCUGUUUUGAUAUAUAUCUAUGUAAUUGUAUUCAAUGUCUUACAGCUAAUUCACAUUUUAAAUAAUGUUAUUUUAUUUACUUUUUUAAGAGAAGAAUGUAAAUUUUGUCAGUUUAUUUCUGACUAGGGAUUUUUUUGUUUUUAUUUAAAAAGCAAAAAAAGCUUAUUAUAGUACAGAGUGGUACUAGCAUCAUGCUGUAUAAAAUCAUUUGUACAUUCCUGAGUAAAUCAGAGACACGCAGAGGACAUUCACAAAGUAAUGCUUAAAUCUUGUUAGGGUUUUAUACAGAUGUAGAAACCAUUUUUGUUGGAAGAAUUUAUGCCAUUAUAUCUAGGAUUGGAACAUAAGCUCUUAAAUAUGAAUUUGUAUUUGGCAGAUUCAACUUCAGAUAAUUUUAACUUUAUUAGAACAGUGAAUUUAGAGACAUUUCAAACUAUUGAACAUAAGUACUAAUGGGUAUAUGCUAUUUCCCUAAAAAUAUCAUGAAAAAAUACAGAACAUCAGAUCAGUUAUAUUAUUUCAGAAAUUACAGAAACCUUAGAUCUAACAACAAAAAAGUUGCUAGUGCAUGAUAAUAUUCCUUCUUUUAACCUGGGAAUACAUUGACCACCUUGGAUUUAGUGAUAUAAAUAGAACUGUAGCAAAAAAAAAAAAAAAAGAAAAAAAAAAGCCAGCGGUGUCUAACGAAGGUUUGGGGUUUGGUUUGGUUUGUUAUGGGAUAUUGGGGGGAGGAAUGGGGUUUUAAAUUUUGUAUAAAAACAAAACAAAAGUUUACUCAUGCUUUAUAGAUAUAUUGUGAUUGCAAAAUUCAAGAGUGUGUGCUUCUGGUAUAUUUUGAGUUGAACCUGUGUCAAUGUUUGGAUCAUUUGAGCAUAUUCUGAAAAAAUAUAUAUUCAGCAUGCUAAUGCAAGCCUUACAUGAGUCACCUAACACAGCAUUGCAGUGUGACAGUGUUUACAAAAACAUUUCCUUUUUAAAUUACAUAGCUGUUCCCACUUGCAAUAUAUUCAAUUGCUGUUGCUGUUUUAAUUGGUGAUUUCCACUAUGCAUUAUAGUACUUGAGUCCAGAAGUAUGUCCCUCUAACAUGAAGCUGAAGGCAAAAACAAGACAGAAACCCUUUUAACUUUGCCAAAAUUAUGUGAUUUCAUUGAAUGUCAUAAAUGGGAGAGGAGGGAAGGAAAACAUUGGGAACCUGUGUAUUCUAGGUGUUAACUAGUACAAGAAAGCUGUAAUAUGUGUUUUACAGAAACCUUAAACUAGCUUUUUUCACUAACUGGCACUGUCCUGACAUAUAUAGCUUGAUGAAGCUAUAAGGGCAGCUUACUUUUUAUAAUUCAGAUUUUUGCUUUUCAAUGUGUAUGAACUGUAAUUUUUAAUCAUAAUGCCACAUGAUUGUGAAACACUUUUUUUAGUUUGAAAGUGGAGAACAGACUUUAUGCUGGUUGUCAGUCAGAACUGACGGCAUGAUUUGCAAAAACUUUAAAAGGGGGUAAAAGGACUGCAUAUGAAGACAUUGCUGGACUGCAAGCUUUUGGUUGUAAGAUGAAAAAGACUUUCAGAUUACUCAACCUAGUGCCCCUUCUUAUGCAGUCUUCGCAAAAUAAUGAAAUAAUAGGAGAAAACAAAGACAUGUUAAACCACAUGGGAAAAAAAAAGCCCAAAUAAUUUAUUAUAUGUGCUGCUGUUCUUGGAGCUCUGUGCAUGGUUAUCCUGAAUUACAUUAGUAAACUAAUGAAGUGUGCACAGUAUUUUAAUAAGGCCUUCAAAUUACCUACCUCUAAUUAAGAAACCAAUAAAGUUAAUAUGUUUUGGAGAGACUGUCACAAGUUAUGAAAUUAAAAUGGCUUGUUGUAGAUAUUUAAUGUCUAUUUUAGAUAUCCACACUUUUGUAGAUACAGUCCCUCUUUGGACAUAAACAACUAAGGUCAUAUGUCCCUGUCCAAUUUGUUAGUUUAGUAGAGAUCUUGAAAAACAAUGUGUUUUGGUUUGAUAAGAACCACUGAUAUCUCUUUUUUUUUUAUUUCUGUUUUUUUCCCAUAAUAUUUUGAGUGUAUCAAUCAUAACAAGCAUUUCCAUGUAAUCAGUAAUCCAUUGAGGGUCAUUAUCUAGUUAGAGGGAUUUUACUGUAACUUUCACUCAAGCUUUUUCAGAGUAGCCAUGCUGCAGGAAAAAAAGAAUAGGAGAAUUGUUUGGGCAAAGCUGAUGUUGAAGAUAGUAUCAAAAAUGCAAGAGAAUUCAACCAGAUCAAUCUUAUUCUAAAGCUGUUUUUGUGGCUGGUUGUUUUUUUUUUCUCUCAAAAGAUGGUCUAAGCUGAAGUCUAUUGCUGGAUUCCUUAUUUAUCAUGCUGCAGGAAAUCCUUACUUGACCGAUAUAUUGGGGGGGGGGGGGUCAGAUACAUUUUUUAAUUUGCAGUGUUUAAAAAAAUAAAGAUCAUAUUUGCUAUUCUUAAAGUGUUAUUUAAAUGCAUGUAUUGUCUAUUGUUUGGGGGAAAAAAAUAGGUUGUGCUUUUUUGUUGAAAAAGCUAAUGCAUAAAUAAUGCUCCUCAAAAAACUUGCUGGGUUAAAAAAUCAGUAUUUUUGGCCAUAAAUUUGUACUAUAGUAUCUUCAUUCCUUGACAUUUAACUUUUCUGAAAUAUAUUUGAGCUUCUAGUUCUCCCAAAAUGUUUCUUAUGAUAAAUAUUGUAUAGAUGUAUUAUUCCAGUGAUUACUUUUUAAAUUAUACAUGCUCUGUCCUCAU